AUGGCUGAACCACAGUGGUCGAAUGGUUUCAAUCCCAAUGUUUGGAAUGGAGUACCGCCAGGACGCGUUGAUCAUUCCGUUAGCAAACCAAUCAUGGUUGCGAACGCGAAUAACGCUAGUCAAGCGGCUUCCCCACAUUCGGAAUCUUAUGGACCGGGCGUGUUGCAGAUGGUCGUAGACAAUGUGCUUAGUGGAUCGCCGGCAUCAGUGAAUGCAAAAUUCGGUCCCCCUAGUACGAGAGGUGAAGUUUCGUUGCGUAUAAUCGAUGGAAAAAGUGAAGACAAAAGGAACGAUACCGGACCUGUAGGUCUGCCGAUUCCAUAUGGUGUUCCCAUGUUCAAUCCUUCAACUGCAGAAGCACCAGGAGGCACACCGGAUUUCCAGAUGGCUCCAUUCCUAUUCCAAGGGGGCCAUGUCAUCGGUGGAAAUACUGCGAUGCCGUUCAGCUCCGGGUCUCCUGCUGCGCCUGGGUUCGGAUACGGAGCGUGGAGUGGCAUGUACCCAUCUCAUCAGCCACCGACAACAUCGACUAGCGAUGAGUGCAUAAAGAAAGGCGGAGGAAUGCCCAUUGGCGGUCCAGGAGCUGUGUCAACCAAUAUGUUCUCCACCUCACCUCCGUUUCCGUAUCAGAAUCCAAUGCUCGGUGUGACAAACAGCCUCUCAAACUUGUCAAUCGGUGGACCGCAGAUCACAAGUCCUUUGCGUCCGGACCAACCAUUUCCAGGCGGAUCUAAUGCGCUUCCAAAUCUGGCUGCUCCACAUAUGAUGUAUAUGCAAUACAAUCAGUCCAACCCACAAACACCGACUCUCGGUAACAGCCCUACAUUCUUUGGUAGUGCGAUGAAUGGUAUACAGAAUAUGAGUCUGGCUCCUGGAAGCACCUUGUCAGGAUAUGGUGGGUCACGUGCACCAUUCUUCAACACGCAGCCACAGCCGAACAAUGUGUCGCCCUUCAGUGGGAUGCAUCAGAGACGACUAAUGGAUGAGAGUGGACCAAGGAUGGCAGGAAAUCGAAGCCAUAUUCUUGAAGAUUUUCGCAAUAACCGAACACCUCCUCUACAGAUUACAGACAUCCUGUCCCAUGUUGUGGAAUUUGCCAAGGACCAGCAUGGAUCGAGGUUUAUCCAACAGAAACUGGAACGAGCGUCUGUAAAAGAGAAACAGCUGUUGUUUGACGAAGUGCUAGCAAAUGCUCAUGCUCUCAUGGUGGACGUGUUCGGGAAUUACGUAAUUCAGAAAUUCUUCGAGUUUGGUACACCGGAGCAAAAGGCAGCACUGGGACGGUCGCUGAAAGGGAAUGUGAUGAACUUGGCACUACAAAUGUAUGGAUGUCGAGUAAUUCAAAAGGCAAUGGAGUCAAUUGAUGAGUCCUUGCAGUUGGAAAUACUCAAAGAGAUGGAGGGACACGUUCUCAAAUGCGUCAAAGAUCAGAAUGGCAAUCAUGUAGUACAGAAAGUUAUUGAAAAAGUGAAGCCAGAACGCCUUCAAUUCAUCAUUAACACGUUCACGAAGAAUGGUCCUGACACGAUCACACAGCUCUCGAUGCAUCCGUACGGGUGCAGAGUAAUCCAAAGAGUGCUGGAGCAUUGUUCCGAAGAACAGAAACGUCCUGUUUUGGAAGCCCUACACGCGAAUAUGAGCACUUUAAUUGUUGAUCAGUACGGUAACUAUGUAGUACAGCACGUCAUCGAGCAUGGAAGUAAUCAAGAUAGGGACAGGAUCGUACAAGAGGUAGCAGGUAAUGUUCUACGGUAUGCUCAGCAUAAAUUUGCGUCGAAUGUUAUCGAGAAAUGUCUGAUUUGUGCUGGUAGCCAUCACAAGACUCUUUUGAUCGAUGAAGUCUGCGGUACACCUAAUGACCCACAACCGCCAAUACUACUGAUGAUGAAAGAUCAGUUUGCCAACUAUGUUGUACAGAAGAUGUUAGAUAUCGCUGAUCCGGUGUAUCGCAAAAAAAUGAUGUAUGCAAUAAAGCCUCAUAUACCUGUUCUACGAAAGUACAGUUAUGGAAAACAUAUAAUCACAAAAUUGGAGAAAUACUUUCAAAAACAACAGUACAAUCAUGCACAGCACCAGCACCCACAGUACGACAUGACCGGAAUGCAGGUUGCAAACGUUAAUCCCGCAGUGAUGUAA